AUGGACGGCGAUACCACAUCCACGAUCUCGACCGGCUUCCAGUUCCAGGCAAACUCAACAUCAAAAUGGGAUAACGAACUCAAGUUUGCCGCGGCCGGCUCAGUCCGCACUUCGAUCGUGGUCCUUGCAAUUUUCAACCUCUUGAUGGCAUUCGCGGUUGCUGUCAGCAUUCUCCUGAGAUCAUGGAGAACACUGAAACGGACAGAGCCAGUGUGGGAUCUAAGGUCAUCUUGGCUUCGACUUGUCAAGGGGCGAGAUGUCUACCCCUUUGCCCUUUCCUUGGGCAUCGUAGCUCAAGGUAUUGUGUAUGCCAUCGCUCAAUCCAAGGGAUUCGAGUCACUCAUGAUUCUUCGCUGUACAAUGAUAUCACAAACGAUGCUGCCAGCCUUCUUCAUCGUCCCCUUUAUCCAGAUGGUAUUUGGGAUGGAAUUAACCAUUCGCAUCAUGAGCCCGAGAGUAUUCCCAUUCCGCGGACGGUUUAACACUAUUGCCUGUCUUGUAACCAUCAGCGUCCUUUUGAUCAUUGUGCUUUCCAUCACCUUCGUCGUUCGGCCAUCUCAGUUUUGCUUUGCCAAUCUGCUUUCUUACCUACAUCGCUACGACGCCGGAUGUUUUGGAGCUUUACUCACAGUUAUCGUUCUUGUCUUGAUUGAAUGCGGGCUCAUUUGCUUUAAGCUCCACACUGGAGCUAGAAUGAGUGUCGCUGAUAGAGACGAGGCGUCUCGCAUGGUUUACUUCAUGGUGAUUGCCGUCAUCUCAUAUACUCUGCAGGUCACGUUUUUCUACAACACGGCUUUACAGGAUCCAGGUGCAUCAAGCAACACAACAAUGGAGCUCGCUUCAAUCGCGACUGUUGUAACCAACAUGUCAGGGCUCUUGCUUGGAUGCCUCUACCUCUUUCUGCGUUCGAGCAAAUCCCCGACUGGUUGCUCUGAUGACGACAUCGAGGCGUCUCAGGGUUUCAAGAAAUGGGGUGAUGACCAGGAUCAAGAACCUCAAACCCCUGGAUCAGCAAUGCUACAGCCCCUUGAGCUGCCCAAGUUGGCCCACAAGGCCAAUAGCAAGGAAAGCCUUUUGGUUGACGAUAGAGUCGAGGACAAAGUGUUUGGGGCUCGCAAGGACUUUCUCAAGGCCGGUUUGAAGCCCUUGCGCUUGUCGACCAUGCGCCAGUCAGACGACUUUCCUACGGCACCCAAACCUAUACGCACAUCAUCGAAGGAGUCUAUCAGGAACUUGAAGAGGAGCAUGUACAGCAUCUUCCCCAAGGCCGAGCCACCCAAAUCACCUAUACUACUGCCAACAACAACAUACAAGGACACAGCAUCCAAAAAGAUGCCGCCUCAAAACUUUGCUGACGACUUGCUCGCACCGCCAGGCCUUCGUCUACCUAACAGGAACCUUCGCGCGAGUGGUGCUUCGAUGCUCUCUAUGGCAACUGUGCAGAUUGGCCUACGCCUCUCCAACAUUGCUGACAUGCGACCUUCCGAACCCAAACCCAAACAAGACCCAGAGCCUGUGCACAACCUCGACUGUCCUAACGGCACAGUGAGGUUCUUCCCAAGAAAAACAAGUCCACUUGCCAUCGCCAUUGUCGACGUCCCAGGCGAGGGCACCAGUUAUACAAUCCAAGACAACUUUGACAACAACUUAACUGAGAAAGAACUUCCACCUGUGCCCCUGAGCGCGGGUAUGGCUACACCGCCAGAGACAACCCUCAGCUCGGCCGUGUACAGCCCUCAGGAGCAAAAGCCAGGGCCAUUCUCACAUACUCCCAAAAUGGGAUCAGUCAGUUCCACCAACGCACAUAACCGUCAAGGCUCAAGAAGCAUGGGAGAGCCAAGCAGGGUACAUAGCCGCCAAGGCUCAAGGACAAUACAGGAGUCAAAUAGAAUACACAGCCGUCAGAACUCAAGGGCCGGCCCAGAGACAGGCAGAGUACAUAGUCGCGCAGGUUCAAGAGCCGAUCCAGAGGCAAGGAAAGGGCCGUGGAUCUGA